AAAAAAAACACGGUCAACAUCAGCCCUUCCUCGGAUGCCUGCCUUACGCCAAGCGUACGCGCUUUUCAAGACAGCGCACCGUUCUUCCUCCCGAAUUAAUACGCUGCACAGUAAGAUUGGCUUCUGCAGACGCACUCUCUCCUCCGCCGCUCAUGUCCUCCUUGUCGGACGGCUUUGUCUAUUCUCGUCCUCCCUUGCCUGUAGGGCCUCUGUGCCCUCUCUUGGCAUAGCCUUUCCCAGGCUUCCUCGUCCCUCUCCUUUUCUGUCUCCCGGCGCUUCCCUGCAAAGUGUAUUCUACUCUAAGCUAUGUCCGUCCUCUCCACCCUGUCCCCUGUCGAGCAAGCAGCUGAGGCCUUCGGCACAGCGUUCUCGCGGUUCCAGCGCGCUCCCUCCCUCCAUGACCUCGUUGCCGGCCUCACUGACGAGGAAGAGUGGAGCCUCCUCGCGCGCUCCCACGCAUUUUCUGGCGGUGAAACUCUCCUCGCCCGCCCUUCAUGCCAGUGUCGCGGCUAUACAGGAGGAACUCAUCCGGAUGUACGGUCUCUCAAUGGAGGUUAUGGUGCCGCCCUCGAAACUCCACGUGACGUUGGCUGUCUUGAGGUUGGAGGAGGAGGAGGAGGAAGGGGAAGAAGGGCGGGAGGAGAGACAUGGGGAGGAGGACGUAGGUAGGAGGACAGCUGGAGGGAGGGAAGAAGAGAGAGGGGCAGGAGGCCGGAUAGAAGGUGACAGCGUGCACGAGCCAGUGAGGUGGAAGGAGGAGGACCGAGAAGGAGCGGACAAGGGCAAUGAUGCGACGCCCUGGAGCCACUGUGCGGGGAAACAGGAAGACGCUUGA